ACGAAACUCGCCCAAAGAACUCAAAAAGCAGCACAAAUCAGGCACAACGAAUGCAUUCACUUUUUCUUCUUCGCUGGACUGGAGAAAUUUUCUCCAGAAAAUCAAAAUUCAAUAAAAAUUAGUGUAGGAUUGAGUGUGUAGUAUCAUCACAAGGAGUUAACCAACUACUUAAUGUAAUAAUAGCAGUUAGUAAUUGUCCAGUGCAACUUUACUUAAUUGUUUUAUAUUGUUAAAUAUACUCGUUAAAAGUGGAGGGAGGACAGUUUACGAGGGACUUUGACUUUGAAACGUUGAUGGCGUCAUUAGAAUAUUUGGAAUCGAAAUAUAAUAGUGACUAUCUGCAUAUAACUUUGAGACAAGGAAUGAUUGACGAGUCUUCAGACAUCAAACAACUGCAAGCAAGCAAGCUAUCAAGCAAGUUAAAAGUGGACAGAGUUACUUAAGCAUUCAACAGGAUUGUUGAUUAUCUAUUUGGAUUUGUUUACUUUGUUGAAUUAAUUUUGGAUUUGAUUUCGUUUUUCCAAGAUCGGGGACGAUAAUACUUAAUAAAAUUUUGAAAAGUUUAAUUCUCUCCUCCUGCUCCUGAUUAUCAUCAUCAUCUUCAGCCAAUGUCAAUCGACUUGUUUCUCAGGGUGGGUGUGGGAAGACGCUAAACUCAUCUAUUUGACAAUGCUUUUUGGUAGUUAGUUUCUGGGUGGGAGGUGAAAUAGUCUUAAGAAGAUCUUUGCCGUUUCAUUGACACUUGGACAACAUGCCAACCAGCCGGAAGAAAACGGCUCCUCCUCCUCGUACACCAGCAACAUUGAGAACGACGAGAUCCACUAGUGGGAAAAAGGUCGUCGUCGUGGAUGUGGACGAUCAAGAAGAUGACUCUGCAGCAGUAAUAGCGUCGCCUUCGUCGUCAGUGUCGUCGCCGUCAGUGGACAACAACUUAAGCAGUCGUCAUCCCGCCAGGAGUGCCACCACCACAACCACCAACAGCGACACGAAUCCCACGGAAGAUAGCAAUAGUAGAAUCAAUCGAGCUGCUACCACAUCCACCGCAGCUACAAAUGUAAAUAAUAAUGGACGAGUUAACACCAACAGCGCUGCUGUUAAUGUUGGUGGAAUUACUACGAGAAGAAGUAGAAGUAUAUCUCAAGCUCAACAGAACAAAAAUAGUACCACUUCUUCGUCUCCGUCUUCUUCUUCUUCAGGGCCACAAACAGCAGCGGUCAUUGCAUCUGAUCAGAUCAUCGAUGUAGGUGAAGAGUUAAAUCUUAAUCUGUUCACGAGGAAGAAGGCGACGAAUAUUAUCACCAAUAACAGAAGCAAGGAUGAUGAAGAGGAAGAUUUGCUGAGCAAGUCUUCCACUUCGGAAGAAGAGGAAAGUGAUCCUGCAAACUUGGUGGUUAUCAGCAACGUCCUGCCCCCACCACCGGUACGGAGUAGUGAGGACGAGGAGGACGGGAACAGUAGUCACAGUCCGGAAAGGGCAGAGAGUGUCGAUUCAGAAGGAGACGUGGCUUAUCAGGCGUCGUAUUCCAUAAUUGUUAAUCCUGAUGGAUCCCUCCACCUCGUGGAUGAUGAUACACAGAUCAAUUUAGUACCUGGACAGGAGCAGUUUAGCGUAACUCUUCCCAAAAAUAAGGUGAAAUCCCCCAACAAUCCAUUGCCUGGUGCAGUCCUACUCCCCGCUCAACAAGGGCGAGCAAGAAAGUCCAAACCUGAAGGAAGUACGUACGGAACUACGAGUGGGGGACGUGCUACAGCAGCUGGGGGGACGGAGAAGAAAGGAAACGUCGUUGAUCAUUCUGCCAGUGGAAGUAAAGUAAUAAAGGAAGCCACAAUGUCCGUGGGAAUAAAUCAACAGCAGCAGCAGCCGCAUCCUUCCGUCAUUACUUCCACCACUCCGGUCAGUCUGGACAUUGACGAAUUCACAAAUUCACUCGAUCCCCAGAGUUUAGCCACGCUGGAGAAUUUGAUUCAAUCACAGCAGGCUGAACUUAUCGAAAAUUUGAACUUGGAACAUCAUGAUGCUCACAUGAGUGUUAGUGUGUCGUCUGAGGGUGGGCAAAAUAAAUGGACUGACGGUCGAAAUCAGCAAAAUAGUAUGGGGAGUCUAGGAAGUGAAAGUUCGAUUGGAGGAAUGACAUCUCCUGGAUCGUCUGCAGAGAGUAGUCCAUCCGCUUUUCGUGAGGGGAACAGGCAUUCAACGGGAGGAGGAAGGCCGUCAAGCACGUCACGAAAUAGAGGUUCCUCUAUGACGAGUGGUAGUCGGUUGUCAGAAAGUGAUAGCAAUAUUCGACGGUCGCAGAGACAACAGGAUCGAAUCGAGAGACAAGAGGCUGAACGAAUCAUGGCUGAAAAUCAGCAAAUGCUACAACGUGAGAAAGAACUUAUGCAAGGAGCAAAAGCAUCAGGGUCCUCCUCGCCAUUCCCUCCAGUGGCUUCAAAAAAGAUAGAAUCGCCAUCCCAAACAACUGGUAUACUAACUCCUCAAACAACACCACCACCACCUACAAAGCCAGCACUUGUAGGAAGGGCGUCUGCCUCGUCUAGUAUUGCUUCAUCCAGAGAUAGCAUAGAUUCCAGUGGGAGUGACAGGAAACCUUAUCCGAAAAGGGAAAAUCGACGCUUGCCCGCUCACUUGGCUGACCCGAACUAUGUAAGCCUUGAAGAAGACGGUGGGCCGCGAGUUUCUGCAGACGACAUUUUUCAGGAAAAACUUGGAGGAACAGAUGAAGCAAAAGAAAAAGAAUCUCCCAUGGAGGUCGAUGAUGAUGAUUACGUACAAGAAGAAACCGAAGAUGGCGAAGAGGAUUAUACGGAAGACGAUCCCAACAAAUUAUGGUGUAUUUGUCGCCAACCUCACAACAACAGAUUCAUGAUAUGCUGUGACACUUGCGAGGAAUGGUUUCAUGGGAAGUGUGUCGGUGUCACCAAAGCCCAGGGCAAGGCGAUGGAACUCAAGAAUAUCUUGUGGGUGUGUCCCCCCUGCCGAAAGGCAGAGCUUGAGUUAAAGCGAAAUGCUAAGGCUGCUGAACGAGCGAGUAACUCUGCCCGUCGUUCAGUCUCUACAAGUGGGGACAAAAAUGACACUCGGCGUAUGAGUAAAGGGGCUGCUGCUCUUCAGGCAGAUGCUGCUGCGGCUGCUGUUGCGUCCAAAACGGCAUUCAUGCCCAACUUGUCGAAAAAAGGGAGCCUCACCACUUCCACCAAAAAACGUAGCGAAUCUCGUAGUGAUGAAAGCAGACAAGGUAGUUGCGUCGUAUGCAGUAAACCUCCCAGGAAGGAUUCCAUUUACUGCAGCGAUCAGUGUGUACAAAAGCAUGCGGAUAACGUGGGUAACAAAAGUGCAACUCAAGAAAAGGGUAAAAUCUCUCUAGCGGAGUCCCCAACUUCGUCUAGUCCAAACAAAUUAAAGAGAAUGAAUUCAAAACCAGACGUAAAAUCUAGCGAGCCGAUCUUUAAUUUUCACGUGAUUUCUGCUGGCGCCACAAAGUCAACAGAAGUUGCUCCCCCCAAACCGAAAGAGAUGACGGCCUCACAGAUAUUAAAAGCUCAGAAGGAAGCCCAAUCUCCCACUAAAGUAUCCCCUGCUCUUCCCUCCGUUGUCGGAGUCAGCCCCAACAGUGUUUCCUCAAUCAUCAGUUCUACACCGUCCGUACUAGUGAAGAAAAUGUCUGAGGGAAAAAUUAAUGUAAAACUUGCAGGAAAAUCCAGCCCAGACGAAGAAGAAAAACCGUCAAAAUCUAGAACUGCUUCUCAAUCAGACACCAAGAAUAAAAGUUCGACACGGAAAAGUGAUAGCUCCAAGAACAAGGAAAAAGAGAAAGACACUGCAAGCAGCAAUAAAUUGCACAGAGACAUAUUGCGAAAGUCACUACGCGAGAUUCUCAAGAGGAGGAUGGAGGAAUUGUCAGACAAUGACAAGAAAAAGUUCAACGAUGGACCCAACAAUCCAGACGCUCUCGCCGAAAAGAUAACUGACGAGCUAUGCAAAACUUAUGGGGGUGCGAAUACGCCAAAAUGCAAAAAUAAGUACCGUGGCAUCUACUUUAAUCUAAAAGCGGAGAAGAACGACAUGUAUAAGGAGCUACUGAACGGAAAGCUGAAACCGAAAAACUUGGUUAGAAUGGAAUCACAUGACAUGGCGUCCGCCGACCUGAUUGAAUGGAGAAAGAAAGAGGCAGAGAAGGAAAUCGAAGCCAUCAAGAAAGCAGAACUGGAUAAGAUCACGGAAUCUAAAAAGAUGGCACUGCUCGAGAAAGGAGUUGACGAUGCUGCCAAAGUAGCUGAAGAACUUCGGCCAUUAGAUAUCAGUGAUGUCAUCGAUCAAAGCUCUAGCUCUGCUGCAAAGGAGACGGACAAGGAACAUUCUUUGAAGGAUAAAUCCAGACAUCAUUCCACCAGCGAAAAGUCGAAAGAUCAUUCCUCUUCUAGCUCUCGCCGGGAUCGAGACAAAGGGGAGUCAUCAUCCAAGUCAUCAAGCAACAAGGAUAAGCGAGAUAAAGAUCGUCGUAGGUCGGACCGACAUAAGGAUUCGUCGUCCUCACAUCGUGACAAGGACCGGAAAAGUUCAAGUUCGUCACACCGAGACAUCAAGACUGACAAGGAAAAGGUGAAACUUUCGGAUAGUAAACAUAAAGAGAAUGAUAAGCGUGUUGUUAAGGAUUCCGAAUCCAACUGUCAAGUUAGCAGUGGAAGUGGAACGGAUGAACAAAGUAAAAGUCCGCAAUUGGUGACAGAACUAGCACCAAAAAUUACCCCACCGAGUAAUGAGGAAGUUUCUUCGUCACCAUCCUCCGUGGACGACAAAGUUAACUUGACUCCGAAGCCAUUAGAGCAACAAGACACUGAGCAAGAGCAACCUUCAUCCACCAUAAAAACUCCAGAUUUCGUAGAGGAUGGAGUUAAGAAGGAUUCUGAACCGAAACACUUGUUUCAGACUAAAAUCGUUAUGCCAGAAUUGGGAUCAUUUCACGCCUCAGCCCAUGGUGUGUCGCAUGCUAUCAUUGACGGCGUCUUCUUUCCCAAAAGUCCUGUCCCGGUAGUGGGACGUAUCUCUCCCGACACAGUAUGGGAUUACAUCAAUAAAAUGAAGAAAUCAAAGGAAGUAAUUGUUUUCCGACUGUCACCUGCAUCUCCAGCCGACUCUAGCGAUUAUAUGACUUUUUUCUCAUACUUCUCUUCCCGUUCCCGUUUGGGAGUCAUAGGUGGGAUCGAGUCCCCCUUGAAAGAUGUUUACCUUGUUCCCUUGCCAAAACAGGCUCCUAUUCCACGAUGCUUGCUCCCCUUCCGAGGUCCUGGUCUCCCCAAUGAAAGGACACACUGUUUGUUAUGCAUCGUCACAAGAAAUAUUCGGGAUCCAAGUGCAACUGCUACCGGAUUGAAACGGAAGCCUUCUCUCCUAAUUGACCAAGCACUUACGCAAAAGAAGCGAGCAAAACUGGAUCCUGAAUCUGAAGAGAAAUCGGCUGCAACGUCGUCUCCAUCCACCGGAUUACGAUCACGUACCAUAAACCUUCCCAAACCUCCUGUACCAGCAGCAGCAGAUCCAAAAAUAAAUGACGACGACGCACCCUAUACUCCUUGGGAGGAUGAAUCUACAUCGAGCAAUAGCGACUCUCAACCCCCACUUUUGACCCCUGAAACUCUUCUUCCCGGUGCUACUCUUCCACCCAAGCAGUCCGUGGAUGUGAAGAGGCAACUGGAAGAGCUUGAAGCAAAGAUUGCUCGUGAGAAGCAGGACAUUGAGAAGAUUACUGGCGCGUUGGCUGGAAGAUCGUCGAUGAGUGGGAUCCCCGGUCUGGAUGGCGAGUUUGGAGAAGAUGAUGACGAAGGGGAGGCUGCUGCUGAAAAAAUGGAGACUGAGGAUAGCUCUCCACCAGAAAUUAUAGCUAUUACCCCACCUCCUCCAGCAAUUGCGCCAGCUGUUGUACAAGAACCAACUCACAUGUCCGACCCACGACUUCGGAGGAGUCAGAGAUAUGGAAACAAUUCGGGUGUGACGGCACAAAGUUCAGUACCUGCAGCGGUUGAGUCUCUCCCUGUUGUUGAGAAGAAAGACAGCACUCCGGUAGAAAUUAUGGAUCUUGGGUCUUCUGACGAUAGUUCAUCCAAGGAUGAGCCGGACGGAAAAGAGAAGAAGGAAAGCGAGGAGGAAGCAUACUCUCCAUCUGCAAUUCAAUUUUCUGACGAAGAAACGAACGACUCUCAAGAUGCGAAGAAUAAAACCGUUGUGUUGGCGUCACCAUUAGCUCCACUUCCACCAGUUGUAGUUCCUCCUGAGACGCCCGAGGUAAUUGUUGCUCCUGAAGAGAAAGGAGAAGUUUCUUCUCAAGUUGACAAAUUCCCAGACCCCCCUCCAAUUCCAAAAGAAGUCGAAGUGAUGGACGUAGAGGACGAUGAACCUUUGCCACCUGGCGAAGACGUCUUUGUAGAACGUCCACAACCACCACCUCCUUCAGUAUCAUUAAUUUCAACAUUUAAGCCUGUCAUUACACACAUCGACGAUAUUAAGAUCACUAUGCCAAAAACACCAACAAAGACCUCCGCCAUUUCUUCUUCAGCACAGCAACAACAACAAUCUCAAACAGUCCAGCAGUCGACGGUAGAUCUUGACGAUUUUCAACAGCCAAUGCGCAGUUUAGCAGUCAAACAGACCGAAUCGAAAGUGGAAUCUUCAAUUUUCGAGAAGAAACUUGGAUCCAGCAGUGGUGCUGGUGUAGUAACAUCUCCUCUCAAAAGUUUAACAAUUGGUGGUGGCCCGAGUGGCAGUACGGGCGGAUCUAAAAUGAAGAUCAAUAUUAAUCUCAUAACAAAACAGCUUCCUGUCGCUGUCGAUACUCCGAAAACGGAAGAAGUUGUAGCCGUUGUUUCGCCACCUGCGCCUACACCAGCAGCAACUCCGAUUCUUCAUCCCCCUCCUCCAACCUCUUUAUUCUCUCAACCUGCGUUGAAACCAAUUAUUAUUCCUGCGCCAUCAUCACCCUUGAAGAUUCAUGAACUUACUGUUCCUCAUAUCCAGCAGCAACCACCAAAUCCGAUAAUGCUUCCUGCAACAACUAUGCCACCACCGGUUCCAUCCAUUCCGACGCACAUUCCUCCCCCGAAUUUACUACCACCCCCACUAAAUGGUGGUAGCUCAAUGGUGAUUAAUCUCAACGUUCCACCCCCAUCCUUUAUGAUGUCUCGGCCACCACCAUCAACUGUACCAUCACCCGUUGGAUUCCCUCCUCCUCCUCUUCUUCACCAUCAAGGUUACCCUUCCAGAGUUCCGUUUACUUCUCAAGUGCCACCUCAAACGGUUCCACCCCCAUCUCUUCCACCUUCAUCAAUGCCGCCCGCAUCAUCCAGAAUGGGAAAUCCACCAGCCCCCGGGUUCAUGCCGACUUUUGGGUCUACGAGUCCUCCACAUGGACAGUUUCCAGGUCCGAGAACUCCAGUAAUGACAAGUGGAGAAAGAGAAAGAGACCGGGAGACUAUUUCUCGAAACUUGGGUGACACAAGUGAGGACGCUGCCCGAGUACAGCGUAUUAAUUUGGAUCGAAGCGGAGGUGGGGACCGUGAAAGAGAUCGUCCGUUCCGAGGGCGUGGGCGAGAAAUGAGAGGAGGAGGUGGUCGUCAUCGUGACUCUCGCCCCGACAGAGACAAUUUCCCGAGACGACAUACAGGAGGAGGGAGAAUAAACCGGUCUCCCAUCCAAAGGAUUAGGAGACGUCGUUCUGGAUCCAGAGAUAGGUCAAGGAGUCGAAGUCGAUCUCCAGGCAGAGAUCGCCGUCAUCGGAAACGAACGAGUAGAUCUCGAUCAAAGUCUCCACUUUCUCGUAGAUGGGAAGCAAGAAAUAGGUCUCGAUCCAGAUCUGCAGGGAGACGUGUUGUCGGGCGUAACAAGAGCCGAACUCCCAGUCCACGAAGAAGACGAUCCUCCAGGUCGAGAAGCCCUAAACGGAUUGCAAGACGGGGUCCAAGCCCAAAAUCCAGGUCGGCCUCUCCUCCGUCCCCACUUCUCCGACCACCAACCGUCGCACCAAAAAAUCUGCCUGCAGCAGAUAGUGACGAAGAUUGGGAAGGUGACUCGGCAAAGAACACCGAUGAUCCACUGCAGCCAAUUGUCCCUUCUGAUGAAGCACGUCCAAUUGUUCCCAAUGCAAUGGAAAAUUGAAUCGGGUUGAAUACCUCAACAACAACUACAAGAACAACGGCCGCUGAUUAUUAUGAAGGAAAUAAUGAAUAAGGGUUAUUAUAAAUAGAUAAUUAUAAUUAUGCCUUUCUAACCAAGUUUACUAACAAACACACCUGAUUAUAAUAAUUCAUGAAAGGAAAUCCUAUCCACCCAUGUUUUACACUAUAAGUGUAUAUCUGUUACGGGUUUCUAGUCAAUUGAUAAGUUUUCCCCUGAAAAAUUAUUAUAAUAAUGGUUGAUUGAUCUGAAUCACAAGAGUUAAUUGAUUGUUUGUUUCUAUUACAUUUUAUUGUUUAAAAUCCUGGAGAAAGAAACUGUUAUGUUGUUGAUUACUGCUGAAUCCAGUACGAAUUUCGAUAUUAAUUGAUAUUUUAAACAUUUAAAUUGUAACUAUAAAAUUACGUAAUGUUUCCCAUUUUGCUUGCGUUUGAACAUAACACUACGUGGUAGGAUUUUUAUAUAUUUUUGGGAGGUCGAAAGUUGAGGAGUUUCGUAUGAUUUAUUGUUUAUCGAAUUUGAUAGCUCCUUUUGUGUAAUGACUAGCACAGGUUUUCUGGAAUCUACAAUGAGCUACGUACUACUAGUAUAAACAAAUAUAUAUAUGUAUCCACGUAUAAGUAGAACUAUACUGAAAAAAGGAUGUGACAGGAAAACUAUUUUAGACGAAGAUGAUGUAAUUUACCUUUGUCUUGUACGAGACAUACUAAAACUAUAUGCAAACUUUGUGCCGACAUUACAUAUUAACAUGUAUAAAAAAUAAUAAUCAACUUAA